AUGGCCUCCAAAGUGCCGACUACACAAUCACCAGGUCUCGGAGUAGGCUCCUACCGCCGCAGCACACUCCCGCUCUCUCUCAUUCGACACGGCGGCGGUCUUGUCGGUUGCGGCAUGCUCUUUGGCUUCCUCGUCCCUCUAGUUCCUUAUCCACGGCUGGGUCUCACGGCACACAUUCAGUUUGGCGUCCAGGGCUGCAUAGUGCUCAUCACAGGCCUAGUUCUCCAAUCGGAUCCCCUGGGAACGAACCGUGUCCAAGAUGCAGAGACCCCUGGGCGAAGAGCCCAAUUGGCCGACAAACUAAGCUGGUGGCAGGAGCAGGUGAUAUACUGGGGAUGCGCAACGAUCUGGGCCACGAUGAUUGCCGAAGUAGGAAAUGCCUGGUGGGGGACAAAAUGGACACUGCCAAUUGCACACCAGGCCGCCGGCUUGUUUGGUGGUAGCCAUGAGGCUGCAAGGUGGAUGGAGCUUGUCGUUGCCGCUACGCACUUCCCACUUGCUUUUCCGCUAGCAUCGGUGUGGCCUAUCAUUUUAUCCAAGCUAUGGUGA